UUCGUAGGUAAAACGCUUGUUACCAUUUACCGUAAAGUUUCGAAAUUUCUGAUACCAUUAUCACAACGAAAAGAUAAAUAAUUUUCCAAUUAUAUUUGUCCACGUAGUAGUGAUAAAUCUUAAUGCUUUGAUACAGUUUAUCUAUAGGAGUCAGACCAAACGGGACCGCAAAAUGGCAGAGCAAGAAGACUUAGAACCGCAAGACCCGGGAAUGUCCAUCAGUAAAAUGAUUGGUGAAAAGCUAACCGAAUCGAUACAAAACAUGGAUGUCUUCACCACGCUACAGAAAAUGGUAUCCAUGGAACCUGGUGAUGAAGAGUCCCAAGGCAUACAGAAUCAGCUAAAAGGGGUUUUGGAAAAGUUCAGAGAUAUGAAUCCGGAAGAAAAGAGGGAGUUUGCCAAGAAGAUUAAAGAUGGACUUGCAAGCAAAUUGAGUAUGCGGUUGAAAGAUAAUGCCAUGUUGGCUAAUGUUGAGGAUGCCAUCAGGAGUGCUGUGAUGACGAAGCUGUAUAUGGUUGCUGCUGCUGUUCUCAUCUUUAUACUAGUGCUAGUAUUCUUCGGCUACAAACUAUACAAAUCUAUAAAGGAAAAGGAAAAGAAGCGAGAGGAAAAGAAAAAAGCUAAGCAAAUGAAGAAAAAGAAGUGAUUCGGACACGCACACGGAGUGAGGCUUACUAAGCGUUGUGUUAGGAAAAUUAUGUAAAGACACACCCUUUAAUUUAUUAAUCUUCUGUCAUACAAACUUCUAUUUUAAUCCACCCGGUUAGUUAUUCAAGCGACGUUCCGAUACGACCUUCAAGAAAAGAGCUUAAUACUCCUAUUUAAAAGGCCGGCAACGCACCUGUGACUCCUCUGGUGUUGCGGGUGUCCAUGGGCGGCGGUGAUCGCUUACCAUCAGGUGACUCGUCUGCUCCCUUGCCACCUAUUCCAUAAAAACCUAAUUGUCGUUAAGUCUAUCAUACAUAGCUUAGGGGUUAAUCAAAUUUUAAAAGAGAUCGGUGUUAUUGAAGAUUUUGUCAGAUUUAAAAAAUCUCAUUCUUAAUAUGGAGUCGCUAAUUCUGCGUGGUAUAUGGCAAUAGGCUCACCCCCUAUUACAUGGGACUUAUUACACAAAUGGUGAAUAGUGGGUGUACAUUGUAUAUCUUUGUCUACGACAUCGGGGAUUAAAGGUUGACAUUUUGUUAUUGACAUGUUGUUAUAAAAACACUUUUCUUUUAUCUUUUGUCUUUUAUUAUAUUUCUUCUUUAUAAUAAUCUUCUUUAUUAUUCUGCUGAGCGAUUAUUUUAGUCUUUAAAUUGUUUUCUAUACGUGUCGCGUUGUAAUUGAAGAUUUACGUGUGUAAUAAACAUAAUAAUUAAUAUAUACCAAUUUAAAGUAGUUGCAGACAUAAUAAUAUAUUUACGGUAAUACUAUUAUCAAUAAUUAAUUAUUAUGUUAUCGGCUUACUCACGUAACUGAUUGACGAGAAACUUCCUAGUUUCAAGCCAUGCUUUUUUUAAAGGAAAGCAUCCAAUUACUUCUCUCGUCUUGGGCGAGGCGUGAGGGAGUGUCUGUCUCUUACUGACUAAAAACCACCCCGUUCCUACUCCUGCUUUUCGAGCCGGAGCCCCGGUAAACACGCUAGGUAGUCUGCAGCUCCAUUCAACUCAUGCUAGAGCCUCAUAUUCAUGAGCAGCAUUUCGCGACACACGACGCGGCGAUGUAGAGAGAGAGUAGUAGAGUCGUGUGAAUAUGAGCCUCUAGCUAGACUUGAAAACUAGUAGAGUUCCUCGUCAAACAGUUACGUGCGUAAGUCGAUAACAUAAUAGUUAAUUUAGUAUGUCUCACGCAAGUUAUAAUAAUGUUAUCAAUAUCCCAAUUUUAAUAAUAUUUCCGUGUUUUUAAUACAUAAUAUGCAUCAUAUAUAAUCGUAAACCGUAGUUACUUGAUAAUCUUGAUAUGUUAUCAGUAGGUAAUUUAUCUUAAAUGUUAGUAAAAACGUGAAUUUAAAAAAAUACGUAAUUUUCCAAACGCAACUCUUGACGACUGAUUAAAAAAUAUUUAAGAUUAAAACCUUUUUUAUUUAUUAAUUCCUGUUGUAUUAGUGUUUGGGUAUGGUAACACCGAUUAUUGUGAGCUAGCAACCCUGGUUUUUCGCACAAAUAUGAAUAGUAAUGUUUUUGUGUCAUGAUGAGUGUUUUGGUCUAUUUUUUUGACCUGAAAAUGGCCUAAUAUGACCAUAUUAUGACCAUGUUGUAACAUACGGGAUAUUUAUUAACCAAAUUGCCAAAAUGAAAAUGCUCAAAAUAAUUUUUAAAGCUGUGGGUUGCAAGCAAAAAAUGUAGGAAUUUUAAUAUUGCAAUAUGACAAUUUGUAUGUAUACUUAUCGAUGCCAAUAUAAAAGUCUAUGUGGGGAUCGAUUUUGAUUCCUAUUUCCUUAGCUUACGGGUGAUUUUUGAAGCUUAUAUGUAUUUUAAAAACAAAAUAUCUUCCUGCAGUUUUCAUUUGUCUUGUUGCUAAGGUAAUAAGAGUCAAAAUCGAUUGGAUUUUCUGUAUUGUAAGCUAUUACAGAGCAAAAAGGAGGUUUGUAAGUCGUUCCAUGUAUUUUUAAAACCUUUUGAAAAUCGAUGACAUACAUUUUAUUAUUUAGGCAGUUGUCCCACCGGCAACGAUGAACGAGUAACGAGUAGAGCUAGAACUAGAAACGAGUGAAAACGAGUGAAAACAAAAACAAACAAGUGAAGCGAGCACUCGCCGGCAGUGUGAACAGUCAGCGAUCAACUAUUUGUAUUGUACGUUUCUUGAGCGAGAAAAUAGCCGAUAGUUAGUCGUUCACUCGCCGUUGGUGGGACAACUGCCUUAGUUUGACAAAGCUAAUAUCUAUUCGACAAAUAGAGAACAGCGCCAUCUAGUGUGAAAAAACUGUAAUUAUCUCUAUUUAAAAUAUUCAUUGAUAUAAGCCCCACAUAGAUUGUAUUUUAAUGUAUGUAGUUUUGAAAACACACAAUGUAAGAGCGUGGGUUAUUAUAAUAUAUAUAUUUAUUUUAUGUUUUAAAUGCAUUUUUUAUAUAUAUUUAAGGACUUUGGAACAUUCCACAGAAAUUCUUGUACAAUGUUAAUUAAUAUUAUUAUUAUUUUUUACGAAAAAAAGUUGUUGAUUUGUCAAUUAAUUAUGAUUUUAAUAUUCGCUGAUCUUCUGUUGAAUACAGUUAAUUUUUUACAUGUGUA